AUGGGGUAACUUUUUUCAGAAUGCAAAGUAGCAGAACCUCAAGUUUAAUCUUAUCAAAAAUAUCUAUUGCGUUAAUAUCGGAGCGACCGUAAAAUUCGUUCUGCAUCCUCUUCUUUCCUUGGUGUAAUGUGCAGAGGAGAUGUAUCAGAUCAAACAGAAUAAAGGAAAAAUAUACCUGAUGAAGAAUUUGUUUUUUGCUAAUAGGAAGCUGUUUUAUGCUUCUGGACUUUGAGAUUUAUUGACUUCUAUGACGCAUUAAAAUCAAGUAUGAACAAGGGCAUACUACAGAAGAAUGAUAUACUAAAAGCCUUUUCGAAGAAUUUAAAUAUCGAAUUGAAUUCCGAUCAUUAGAAGUUCGUUGCAGCAUUUGAGAAGAAGUAAUAAACUGCGCAGGCUUAGGAAUCUAUGAAUUUUAAUAAUUUCAAACCCUAAUAUAUUCCUGCAAGAAAAUUCUUUACAUCUCUGAUUCUUCUUGGCAGGGAUUUUCCUUGCGAUAAAGCAGAACAAAUAUUUUCUCUUUACGAUUGCAAUAACAAAGGCUUUCUGACUAUCUAAUAAUUCAAAGAGUUAGUUGAUCAUCUAUACUUUUUGAUUUUGUUUGCUCUUCCUGCUACUGUUGACUAGUAACAUGAUAGCUACACGAUAAUUCAAGCAAUUCAAAGGGAGAUGCUAAAAAAUGAUCAUAAUGAAAGAAGAAUUUAAAAGACUAUUCCAUUUAUAAAAGUCAUUGCACAAUGCAUAAGGACUCAGAUCAAGACUAAUGCCGAUUAUAUAAAAGCUGAGAUGCUAAGACGUUGUUAUGGUUAAAAAGAACCGGAAAAUAAGGUUAAGAAAGUUAGAUUCACUUUCAACACUGUUUCAGCGUUAUAGGAUGAUGCAAUAUCAACCAAAUCUGAGAAGCGAUCCACCGGCUAUUCCAUCUAUGAAUCUCUCGCUUAAUAAUAGCAUAUAGUAUCUAGUUAGACAAGUUCGCCAACAAAAAAGCAUCUUCUAAUAAGUAGUAACAAUCUGAAUAAUCUUGAGAUAACCGUAGAUGAGGACAAUAAUGGUACAAGAGAAGAUUCCACUACAUAGAGUGAAGAUCGGCACUUAAAACUUCUAAGCUAAGGAAAGCUAAAUCAGUUUUUAUUAAUUGAGUCUCCUACACAAUUCACAUCAAAUGAAAAAAAUUACAAUAAGAAAUCGAUUCAAUAAUCUUUCUACCAAUACAAUAGUCAUUAAAACAGUGAUGAGUUUAUAAAAAAGAGAAGAAGCAGUACAUAAGAGAGCAGAGCUAAAUAAGGCAAAUCACUUUUAGAAAUUCAAGAGGAAAAAUUACUUAACACUAACUUCAAGCGGCAAAUACUGAUUUAAGAUUAGAGGUUUUCAAACUUAAGUUAAAGGCAUUAAUACUAAGAAAUAGAUUAUCAGCAGUUAUUAACUCCUUAUCAGAUUGCAGUCACAGAUGAUCAGGAAAACUAUGAGGUAUAAAUCAUCUAACUAGAAUGA